AUGCCAAACUAUGUCCAAGUUUGUCCCAGUAAGCCAAAGACGGAAUUUGGAAGAGAACAGCGGUCCCCCUGGCCGGUAGAGGGCGCCUCGGCUUUGCAGCGGGGUUGGCGGAGGCCGCAGGGGGCGGGGCUCCCGGGGAAAAGCCUCGGCCGAUUUAUCCAAUCAGAAGCGUCUUUGUCAUCGCGUUCCAGUCGGGGCGGUCGCCCGCGGAAAUUUGAAAUGGCUGACGGGUUGCCGUCGGGUGGAGGUCUGGGGCUUGGGGCGAUGGCACCAGAGCGCACUAAUUGGGCAGCCGAGGAGGAGCCGGAGCCCCUGGAGAAAGGUUUGUUCCAAGAUGAAGAGUCAUGCAGUGAUUGUAGCUACCACGAUAAGCCAGUCACUAGUUUACAAAGUUUUGUGCCAGAAGGAAAAACUCUUUUCCCAGAAAUUUUUCAAACAAGUCAACUUUUGUUCUAUGAACGAUUCAGAGCCUAUCAAGAUUACAUUUUAGCUGACUGCAAGGCCUCUGAAGUAAGGGAAUUCACAGCUGAGUUCUUGGAGAAGGUCCUUGAACCAUCUGGAUGGCGGGCAGUCUGGCACACUAAUGUGUUUGAGGUGCUGGUUGAGCUCAUUGACAAUCAGCUUUUAAAAACACAUCUGAACCUGGGUGGCACCGGCUGGAUCUUCAUGUCUGAACCCCAACUGCUGACUGCUGGGUCUUAUGAACAGCCUCUGGCAGCCUCAGAAGUUGCACAGUGGUGA